AUGGCGCCAUCUCUAGCAUCCCUUCGGAGAAUCAAGUUCUCUACGUUUGUUCUGGUUCUUCAAAUCACCUUUAUAAUAGUUAUCGCAUUUUUCGGACGUUACUCGGACAAUGAGAGCUAUCCUGAAAUUUAUGGCCACGGCAGUGAGAGAAAAGGACAUGAGAACUACGCCAAGUAUCCAAAUUUCAUGGACGUGAAUGGAAUGAUUUUUGUGGGUUUUGGAUUUCUGAUGACGUUCUUGAAGGAUUACGGAUUCUCAUCUGUUGGAGUCAACCUCUUGGUCAGUGCUGUCUGUAUCCAGUGGGCUGCUAUCGUGAAGGGAUUUAUCCAUGCGGACAUCCUUGCUGGGGAGAAGUUUCAUAUCGGCGUUGAGCAAAUGGUAACCUAUGAUUUCGCUACAGCAACUGUUCUGAUUUCAUUCGGAGCGGUUCUUGGCAAAACUAGCCCCAUUCAACUGCUGGUCAUGGGAAUCAUUGAAAUUCUUCUGGCCCAACUCAACGAAUAUGUCGGCGUUGACCUUCUUCAUGUUCGAGAUAUUGGUGAAUCCAUGUUCAUCCACAUGUUUGGUGCGUACUUCGGACUGGCCGUCGCCAGAGUGCUGUACACAGAAGAUAUAGAAACUUCCAAAAAAGGAUGCAGUGUUUACCAGUCAGAUAUUUUUGCCAUGAUCGGGACUGUGUUUUUAUGGAUCUACUGGCCAUCGUUCAAUGGAGGCUUUGCGGAAGACCAGCAACAAAGGGAUAGAGCUUACCUCAAUACGUUUCUGUCUUUGUGUGCUUGCACAGCCAUGACCUUUGCUGUGUCUGCUGCUGUUGACAAGAAAGGCAGGUUUGAUAUGGUUCAUGUGCAGAACUCUUCAGUGGCUGGUGGUGUAGUAGUUGGGGCCACUGCCAACAUGCCCAUGCAACCAUUUGGUGCUCUUAUUUUUGGGGCUGUCGCAGGAACUAUCAGUGUCUUGGGCUACAAAUUUCUGACACCACGAAUGGCCAAAUAUCUGAAGAUCCACGACACCUGUGGAGUCCACAAUCUCCAUGGCAUGCCUGGUCUACUGGCAGCUAUUGGUUCAGCCGUGCUGGCAGCUAUGUCUGAAAACUGGAGCAUACACGACCGUGAAGCCAUUUUCCCUGAGACAUUCGACCAGAACUCAACAGUGCCUGGAGCUUUGGGCCGAACCGCAGGGGAACAAGGAGGAUAUCAGUUUCUGGCCGCAGUUAUCACACUAGGCAUUGCAAUAGGUGGUGGUGUGUUUACAGGGUUAAUUCUGAGACUUCCAAUCUGGAACGCCCCAUCGGAAGAUCGUCUGUUUGAUGAUUCCAACAACUGGGAGAUUCCUGGGGAACAUGAGCAUGAUACUCAUUCUACCAAUCAUGUUAAAGAUACCACAAUUCAAAUGGAUUCUGGCUUGUGA